GCGUAGCGCGACCGCAGCGCUGGAUGGCGCUGGUGGUGGACGGAGGAAGGAGGGGGAUAGAUGCGCCCACGACUCGCCCUCUCUUCCGUCUGAUCACACGGUAGGACACGCGAUCGGACGAGGACUGGCGGCGACAGCAGCCGGGGUGAGUAGGAACUGCUCAGCGUGUUCUGCACGGGCUCAAAUGGACCGGACCGGUCUCAGAUCUGGACUCCAGGGGACAGAGUAGAUAAAGUGAAAGAGGAGAAGAAACCACAGGGAUCCCCACAUGGGAGCAGCACUGCUGUCAGAGACGCUUUUAUCUGAGAGAAUCUGCCAAAUCAUUCUUUGGAAACGCUCUCAUGGCUUCAAAUACAGACUUAUAAACCCACGGAGCUAAAAACAGAAAACCAACGCAAUCACUGGCAAAUAUAAGUGGACCACUUUAAAAAAGAAAAACACGGCAGGACAGUGGGAGGGUUUUAUGGGGGCCAGAUCCCUAUCCAAGACAUCUUGCAUCUCUUCAGUCCACAGAUUUCCUUCCAGUCCUCCUUCCGUUUCCUCCUGCUCUGCCUUUCUCCCAUUCUCCAUCUUUCUCUCUCAUGGGAGUGACAUAGAGRCCKYCGCCUGGUCUUCUGCCCCRCCCCUUUUCUGCAUCCCUGUGGGAACGGGGACGUCCAGGUAGUGAUGUCGUGGAAGAGRAACUACUUUGCCUCUGGUGGCGGAGCGGCCGGCGGGAUGCAGGGGCUGGUGACCCCGAGAACCAUGACCUCCAUCGCUCCGAGCAAAGGCCUGAGCAAUGAGCCGGGACAAAACAGCUGCUUCCUCAACAGUGCUCUGCAGGUCUUGUGGCAUCUCGACAUCUUUCGGAGAAGCUUUCGGCAGCUGACCACUCAUAAGUGCAUGGAGGACUCAUGCAUCUUCUGCGCUCUGAAGAGUAUCUUUGCUCAGUUCCAGUUCAGCAGCGAGCGCGUUCUGCCGUCAGACGCACUGCGGAGCGCGCUGGCCAAGACUUUCCAAGACGAGCAGAGGUUUCAGCUGGGCAUUAUGGACGACGCUGCCGAGUGCUUUGAGAAUCUGCUGAUGCGUAUCCACUUCCACAUCAGCGCAGAGAGCAGGGAGGACAUCUGCACGGCCAAACACUGCAUACCACACCAGAAGUUUGCCAUGACUCUGUUUGAACAGUGUGUGUGCAGCAGCUGUGGAGCCUCUUCGGACCCCCUGCCCUUCAUUCAGAUGGUUCAUUACAUCUCCACCACGUCCCUCUGUAACCAGGCGGUGAGGAUGCUGGAGUGCAGAGAGAAACCAACACCGGACAUGUUUGGAGAGCUGCUCCGCAACGCCAGCAACAUGGGAGACCUCCGCAACUGCCCUAGUAACUGUGGGGAGGUGCUGCGUAUCCGUCGGGUUCUGAUGAACUCACCAGAAAUCGUGUCCAUCGGGCUGGUGUGGGACUCGGACCACUCUGACCUAGCAGAGGACGUGAUCCACAGCCUGGGAACCUGCCUGCGUCUGGGAGAUUUGUUCUACCGUGUGACAGAGGAAAGGGCUCGCCAGGCGGAGCUCUACUUGGUGGGCAUGGUGUGCUACUACGGCAAGCACUACUCCACCUUCUUCUUCCAGACCAAGAUACGCAAGUGGAUGUACUUUGACGACGCCCACGUCAAAGAGAUCGGCCCAAAGUGGAAGGACGUAGUGUCUCGCUGUAUUAAAGGCCACUACCAGCCCCUGCUGCUGCUCUACGCUGACCCCCGUGGGACGCCGGUGAUACUGCAGGAGAGCCCCAACCCUUGUACUGGCUCCAACCCGCAGCUGGAGCUCCAGCACUGCAGCAGCAAGGCUGGUUACGACAGUGAGGACUCAGGUCGGGAGCCAUCAAUAUCCAGCGACACACGCACCGACUCGUCAACGGACAGUUCGAGCCACCGCACGUCCCGCAGCCGACCCCUGCACCAGUCCACGGGCAGCCGGCUCUCCAGCGAAUCCCAGACCACGGUGGUCUGUAACUACGACUCGCCGCCGCUCGGUGCUGACGCUGGAGAGUCAGCAGUGGAGGCUCCAACCUGCCACCCCUCUCCCCCCCUGCAGGAGACGGCAGUCUUCCUCCUGUCUUCACGCAGGCCCCUCACCUCCUCCUCCUCAUCCUCUCGCCCCCUUUCCUCCUCAUCUUCAUCAGGAGUUGGGGGCUGCGAGGGCGGGGUUGGGGGACCCCACUGGGAGGAUGAAAGCACGAGCAGUGAGAGCAAAUCCAGUUCCUCGGGAAGCCGCUACCGGCCAACCUGGAGGCCCAGGAGAGAGGCCCUGAACAUCGACAGCAUCUUCACCCGACAAAGAGACUCCCAGCUGGGCUACAGCGCCGCCCCUGGCUCGUCUCUYCCCGCUGAGCCCCAGCAGCCUCUCCCCAUUGUGGGAGCUGCCACACAACCUGGACUGGAGGACGUGGACCGGAGGGAGACCGGGGAGGUCGGGUUUGGGCUGGUUGGGCAGCCCAGGUCUUCAAGCGGUGGGCGGACUAUGGGUCCUCCUGCUCUUCCACCUCUGAGAGGGGUGGAGCACCAGCCACGUCUGAUCCAGAGAAUGGAGAGUGGCUACGAAAGCAGCGAGAGGAACAGCAGCAGCCCUGACAGGGAGGUGGGGCAACAAAAACGGGUGCUGAUGUCUGGACCUUCAUGGCGUUCGGUGCCCAAGUCAAAAAGCAGCGGUGCUAUUAUGCAGGAGCUGCCACAUCCCUGCUGGGUCAGCAGCUCUGACACAGGCUCUGGGCGCAGUGAGCUGGACGAGCUGCAGGAGGAGGUGGCGAGGAGAGCCCGCCAGCAGGAGCAGCAGAAGCGGAAGGAGGCGGAGCGGGAGGCGGCCAAGGGGUUCAACCCCAGACCCAGCAAGUUCAUGGACCUGGACCAGCUCCAACACCAGGCUGUGCUCAGACCCCUGCAUGAGGCUAACGCUCAUAGUGGAUUGGCUGUAGCUGCGUGCAUGAGGAGCACUGGGGGCCCAGUCAAACGCAGGCAGGAACAGGAAAUGGAACGGGACACGGGAAACGCCCUCCCACAGGGGCCUAGCAGUGAACAGCCUGGCUCGAUCCAAGUACUGCUGACGCCCAAUCAGGAGGAGGAAGAGGACGAGUCAACGAGCAGCAGGGACGGUCCUCAGGGUCAGAACCUGCCCCCGCCUCCUCCGCCUUACCGCCCCGCUCCCCCUCGACCCACGCUAACCCUCAGCAUCAGCCACCCCUGCGGCCCAUCCGUUCAGGGUGAGGAGGAGGAGAAGGGGGGCAGGUGCACUGGUGACGAAGGUGAGGAUGGGAGUGAGGGGACGGGGGUGAGGCUGUGCGAGUUGCUGCAGGCCGGGGGGGUGAGUGUCCGACCCCUGGGGAAGCACUUAGCCAUCUCUCUACCCUCACUUCCUCUUCGUCUCUGGGAUACACACAGUGCACACGCCUCACACUCCACACACAACCCCCCUCCGCCCCCGUCGCCCCCUCCGGAAACGUACGGGCAGAGGAAACCCCUCACCCCGCUCUGGCAGCCGCCCCACCCACAUUCCCCUGACGGAGGGUGGCAGCAGCAYGCGGUCCUCGCCGAUGGAAGCACGCGUCACUGGUCCUCCUGGAGCCUGGACCGCCCGGACGCCGUGGUAACGCCGUAUGACACGCCCCCGGACCGGUGCUUUCCCAUCAGGCCGCAGAACCCUGGUCAGAGCUGCAGCUACAGUUGUCAGUCUUCUCCAGGGCACUACAGCUCCCAGCAUGCCCUGGGGCAGCACGGCGAUCUCUGCUGUGACCGUGAAGAGGCUGAGCUGUCCGAGCUGGACUCCCUUUACCAGGCCAGUCUGCAGGCUGGAAGAUCAGGCUGCAGCCCAUCUGAGAGGCUGAUAUCCAGGAUGGGAGGGCAGACGCGCUCCAAGACCCCCAACGCAGACAUGGAGAGGAGUGUGUACGGGGCGGACAGCACCAGCACCCCCACCUACCUCAACAAGCCAGUGAUGUUGCGGGAUCCACGUUUGGGGGCGGAGCCUGAUGAUGGGGAGAACCAGAGGCGAAUCGGACGCAGCCUGAGCGGCACGGUAGUGACCUCCCGCCGCAGCCGCCUCACUGCAACCCGCAGCUUUGAGCUGUCGGGCARCGCUGGAAGUUUCUGGCUGUGUCUGACGGGGGUCAAGCUAUCCUCGGACCAGAGCCCCGCCCUGCUUCACUGAUAUCCGCACCCGCCUUCCUCUGAAACCUCCCCACGGCGCAGCGGCGUCGAGGUCCCAGGCGGCGGCGCCUCGACUGACCUAGGAUCGGCUCAAGACCAUCGUCUCGACGGCCGUCCCGCUCCAGCACCUUCUCCUUCGAAACAAACACAUGCACGCACACAUCCGCACUGACGUCGAGCCUCCCUCCGCCUGAAGCUCCCCACUUUACUUGCCUUCCCUCCCUACUUACUCUGUCUAUGCAGUCACUCUGACCCCUUAAACUACAACCUCCCUUUCUUUCCCGGGACUGUUUCUCGUCUCCCUGCGGGUUUUUUUAGGAGGAUUCCCGGCGUCCGACUCGGGACAAACUUGUCCUCCGCCCCAACAAGACCUUUCAGCUCAACGGGAGACUCUAAACCAAGUAGCCACGCCUCUUCCUCUUUCUUCAUGGGCAUUUUCCCGUCGGACGCACAUGUAGCUGAACUGACAGCCAUAUUUUUGCUCUCGUUUUCUUGCUGGGUUUCCUUGAGGUUUUUGUUUUCCCUCCCGAGACUGAACUCUGAUAACUAAACGUGUACAGAAAAACACAUGUAUGAAACCUGUAUGUUAAUUAAUAAGACCUUAUGGAAUGUUGAUAAUUAACAAAUAUUGAUAAACUAAAAGUGGUACUUCC